AGUGAGCUUUGAAGAAAGGAGAGAGAGAGAGAGGUCAGCAAAGCUAAAAGAGAUAGAUAGAGAGAGAAGAGGGGUCGUCAAAUUGAGUGGCGAAGGGUUUCUGCGUUUGCUUCUUCUUCUACUUCUCUCUCUACAUAUACAUAUUCUGUGGAGGAUUCGAAGAGGAAGACGGAUACGAGGAUUAGCUAGAAAUCUGAACUCCAAAUCGACAGGUAAUCGUAGCUACAAAUCAGGAUUUGGCUAACGGAUUGUGCGCUCUUCUCCCGUCUUUGCGAAAAGCGAUAGACAAACAGAGAAGAAACAAGAAUGAGCUUAUCUACUAGAAAAGGGAGCAUUCUUGGUAACAGCUAUCUCAAGUCUUUGAACCCAGAUGCUGUAGAAUUCGUUCCAUUUUCUCAUAAACCGUCUCCUGGAAGCACCAGCACUGCUGACAUUCGUUCAAGCCAUCAAAGUUCUCGCUCAGAGACAAUGGGAAAAUCCGUGCUUGAUAGAUCUGAAUCAUCAAUAUCAGAUGACGAAGUGCAUCGAUACUGGCGUCAACAGCUUCCAGACGAUAUUAUUCCUGAUUUCAAUCUAAUGGCACAAGAAGAACCUCAAGUGAUUAAUGACCUUCCAUUUGCGAAUUUGUCCUUGCAAGAGAACCAUGAACUGCCCAGGUUCUCAGCUUCCUCGGGUAGCAGAUUCAUUAUGAAGGAUCAAGUUGAACUACCAUUAAGGUCUUCAGCUCCAUCAUAUGUUGAUGAUGUUUCUUCUGCUAACUUGUUCCAUUUGCCAACUAAACCAUGGGAUGAUCCAGUCCUGAAAAAUGACCAGCUUCCUUCCACCUCCAAUGAGGGGUCUCUUCACAAUGGGAGUUUUGCUCUAAGACGACCAACCAUUGCCCCGCCUGAUCGGGCAACAGUAGAAGUGCCAAAUGUUAGUCCUUUUGAGCUCCUGACUUUACAAUUUCCUACUGUUUCUACAGAUAGCCUUGCAGAAUUGUAUUUUUCUAAUGGAUGCGAUUUGAACCUGACAUUCGAGGCGCUAAAUCAACGAGAGUUGCAAGGUGAGAGAAGAAUUUCAGAUCCAAUUUUUGGUAUGCCGGAUUAUCCUUCUCUUGCUGCUGGGGCAGAAAGUCCACCAGGAAGGUAUUCUACUUCUGGGGAAGAGACUCUUGCUCAACCUCUUGUUUAUCGUAGGGCACACGACAGAGCUGCUUUAGCAUCUACAUCAGCACUAAUAAGGAACAUGCUAUCCCACGAUUCUAAUAUAGGGAGGUAUGAUAGAAAUGCCUCUACUGAUGCUACUGGGGGAUCAAGCUACCCACAUUUAUUCGGGCAGGCUAGGGGCACAACUGGUGAUGGGUUUCAAAUUCGGACUUCACCACGGGCAGCUCCUUCAUGGAUGGAAACUGGUGAUGCAGUAGUUGGGAAUCUGUAUGCUGAGACGCGAGAGGAAGCUCGUGAUCAUGCACGCCUACGUAAUGCUUACUUUGAACAGGCACGACAGGCUUACUAUAUUGGUAACAAGGUUUUAGCAAAAGAAAUGAGCAUGAAAGGACAAUUACACAAUUUGCACAUGAAGGCUGCCCAUGGGAAAGUCCAGGAAUCUCUUCUCCGCCAGAGCAGGAACAAUGAGAUGAUGAUGCAGUAUCAGCAUCAGCAUCAACAAUUGAAUGCUGGGAGGGUUCACGAAAGAUUAAUAGACCUGCAAGGACUUCAAGCUAACGAAGCCGUACAUAUCCUGAAUCGAGAACUGACUCUACUGAAACUCGCGGCUAGAGCUGACGAACAAAGGGUCCAGGUUUAUAUAUGCGUAGGAACAAUCAACCAAACUCGCGGGGUGCGCGCCACACCUGCAAGACUCCCGAUUGUGGUGCAGCGAUAUCUUCUGGAGGAAGAAGGCCUUGAUUUCACGGAACCGCAGCCCGGUCUACUCCGUGUUGUCAUUCGUUAAGAGAAAAAGCAGCAGCAGCAGCAGGUAUAGUAGACACCUUUUUUAUUUGACAUAUAGAUAACCACCAACAACAAAAGAAAAUCAUUGAAAACAAAAACAAAAACAAAAAAAUUCCAUCUGUAUAUGGGAAAGUGGUGAAAUAUCUGCAGAAAAAGAGGAAAGGAAAGGAAAGGAAAAGUAUGUAUAAUUUCAGUCAGCUUUGAGAUGAUGGAUGAUGAUCAAACCAAUCAAUAGUAGGAAAAGAGAGAAUAUCAUUGUAGUAACUCUUUUUUUGUUUGUUGUACUCUUUUGUAAUUUUACUGUCAUCAACCCUUACAUUGUUACUCUUUUUUUAAUUUUAAUCUCAGAUGUAAUUUGACAGAAUUUGUGUUUUAGUUAAUAUGAUGAUAGGUUAAAUCUC